CUGAACAUCAAAAUGGGCAGAAUCAUUUUCUACGAAGACAAGAACUUCCAGGGUCGCUCCUAUGAGACGAGCAGCGACUGCGCUGAGCUGACCUCCUACCUGAGCCGCUGCAACUCUUGCAGGGUGGAGAGCGGCUGCUUCAUGGUUUAUGAACGUCCAAAUUACAUGGGCCACCAGAUGCUGGCGAGGAGGGGAGAGUACCCCGACAACCAGCGCCUGAUGGGAAUGAGCAUGAGUGACUGCAUUCGUUCCUGUCGCAUGAUCCCCAUGCACAGGGGUCCAUUCAAGAUGAGGAUCUACGAAAAGGAGAACUUUGGAGGUCAGAUGCAUGAGCUGAUGGACGACUGCGACAACGUCCAAGAUCGUUAUCGUAUGUCUGACUGCCAGUCUGCUAACGUGAUGGACGGCCACUGGCUGAUGUACGAGCAGCCCCAUUACAGAGGCAGGAUGAUGUACCUGAGGCCCGGAGAGUACAGGAGCAUGAGAGAUAUGGGAAUGGGUCCCAUGGACAUGAGGAUUGGAUCCAUCCGUCGUAUCAUGGACUCCUGUUAG